GGCUUGGUCCGAGGAAAGAGAGGGAAUGGAAAGUGAAAACAGGGGGAUGUGUGUGCUGUGAAGUCAAAACUGGGUGGGUCUACACUGUUUCACAUUCCCCAAAAACUCCCGGUGCCGUGCGCGUUAAAAUACUUACAGGUUAUCAGUUUUCAUAAAAGCCACGAUGUUGAUGCUGGCAGGAAUCGUUAUUCUGCACAUUACCACUAUCAUCCUGCUGCUGGUGGCCGCCAUUGAUAAUGCCUGGUGGGUCACUAAAACAGUGUCGACUGACUUGUGGGGCAGGUGGGAGCUGGCAAACUCUGCAUGGCAUUACACCAACCUGAAAGACUACCCAGAGGAUUAUCUCCAGGCGGUGCAGGCCACGACAGUGCUGGCCUGUAUUUUUGCCAUCCUGGCCUUGUUUGUGUUUGUAGCUCAGCUGUUCACCCUGCCCAAAGGCCAGAGGUUCACCUUCUCUGGCAUUUUCCAGCUUAUCUCCUGCUUGUGUAUAAUGAUAGCAGCCUCAAUCUACACGGCCAAGUUUCACCCCAUCGAGAAAGAAGGAGGGUUCGGACACUCCUACGUCCUGGCCUGGAUCUCUUUUGUCCUCACCUUAAUCUUAUCCAUCACCUACCUCAUCCUGCGGAAGAAGAGCGAGUAAGAGGGUGGAAGGAAGGGGGUCAGGCCAGGGAUCAUGUUCCCAGUUUGAGUUUGGGAAAUGAAAGAAAAGGAUUUGUUUUAAAAAUUGGAGGAAAAAAAACGUAAGAUCUUUGAUCUACAUCUGCAGCUAAGAAAAUAGGAGGGAUGGGGGGUUAUGUCUAAUUGCUUACAAGAGCCAUUUGUUUAUAUUUUGAAUUGUUUUAAAUGGAAGUCAUGCUUGCAAUACAUGAAGGGGUGAACUUGACAACAUUACUUCACAGAUUUCUAUUAGAUUAAAGAGCAAUAUUUCAGUCAGUAGAGCAGUGCAACACUAUGGUUGGGAUUAGAUGGUGAAACCUUUAAAAGUGCUAAUUUCACAAUAGUGUAACCAUCAAAUAAUUCAUCAAUCAGUUUUCUUUUAUAAAGUAAUUACAUACAGGUUUGGAGAACUUUUGCAGAGAAGAUGGAUGCCAUUCUUAUUAAGAUAAAAGACUGGAAACAGUUACAAUUGAUGGUUUUAGGACUGAUUUCAACUUGAGUGUUUGUUUGGUAAAGCGCUCAUUAAAAACAAGAAGCUAGAGAGCGUUGGAAAGGCUGGUUUGUGGAUGGUUUUGACAGUCUUUUGCUAACAUACAAAAAUAAGAGAGGUAUCGAAUCGUUUCGUCCAACUUUCUGCAAGAGAGGAAGAGAAUUGAUUACCAGAGCACAAACAAUGUUUUUGCAAAGUCUCUUUUAAGAUUUAGUCGUAGAAAGUACCCCUCUUAAAUCGCUUCACUAGGCUGCCUGUUAAUACUGCACAUUUCCAGAGACUGAAAAAAACCUGUAUCUGUGAAGGUACGGCAGGUGGGACAAACUACAAGAUUCCUGUCCAAAAAUCAGGAAAGACGAGCCUUAGUAUAUAGUACAAGUUUAAUCAUGUAUCAUUAUUUUACAACUGAAGUAUAGUGUAUCCUUUGUUAUUAAGUGUACAUUGUAACCAUUAUAUUUUUGUAACAUUUUGUAUCAGGUGUUUUUGGUUGAUUUCGUGUGUGUAGUUGGCUGCUAUCAUAAGAAAAGUACAUGCAAUGUGUACAGGUGAACAUAAAGUGAACAAGGGAUGGAGGGCAAGGGUGUUUCAUUUCACCAUAAUUCAAAACUAUGCAAUAGGUUUGUGUUUUUGUAAUUACAUUGGAAUUUAAGCCAUAUCAUUUAUUAAUAAAACAAAUCAUAACACAAA